GGUCUGCGCGGCCGCCGUCAUCAGGCGCCGCCGCGUGGGCGUGGCCAGCCGCUCCCUGGGCCCCGCGGACCGCGGCCAUGGCUCCCGCGGUCGCCAGCGCCCCGGAGGUGGUUCGCGCGGCGCAGAAGGACGACUACUACCGCGGCGGGCUGCGGAGCGCGGCGGGCGGCGCCCUGCACAGCCUGGCGGGUGCGAAGAGGUGGCUGGAGUGCCGGAGAGAGGUUGAGCUGCUGUCGGAUGCAGCUUACUUUGGCCUCACUACACUUGCAGGCUACCAGACCCUUGGGGAGGAGUAUGUGGGUGUCAUCCAGGUGGACCCCUCCCAGAGCCGAGUGCCCUCGAGGCUGCGCCGCAGCGUGCUGAUUGCACUGCAUGCCGUCCUGCCCUACCUGCUGGACAAGGCCCUCCUCCACCUGGAGCACGAGCUGCAGGCCGCCUGUGACGGCACCCGGCCCUCACAGGGGGGUCUGGCACCCGGUGUGCACAGCCGUUCAGGGGUGAGCCGCUGGUUGCACCAGCACACGGCCACCCUGACAGAGCAGCAGCAGAAGGGGCUCCUGCAGGCUGUGCUGGUGCUUCGGCGGGGCCUCGGCUACCUCCAGCGGCUGCACGUCGCCUGGUUCUACAUCCAUGGUGCCUUCUACCACCUAGCCAAGAGGCUUACGGGAGUCACUUACCUUCACAUCCACCGCCCAGCUGCGGAGGACCCGAGGGCUCGGGGGAGCUACUGGCUGCUGGGGCUCGUCUCCUUGCUGCACCUGGCGCUGUCCGUGGGCCUGCAGCUCUACGGCUUUCGGCAGAGGCAGCGUGCCCAGCGGGAAUGGAAGCCGCACCGCAGCCUGUCCCACCGCAGGAACCACAUGGAAGACAGAACCGUUCCCAGGAGCUCCCUGUGUACCCUGUGCCUGGAGCAGCGCCGGCACCCCACAGCCACACCCUGUGGCCACCUGUUCUGCUGGGAGUGCAUCACGCAGUGGUGUGACACCAAGACGGAGUGUCCCCUCUGCAGGGAGAGAUUCCCGCCUCAGAAGCUUGUCUACCUGCGGCACUACCGCUGACCCCACGAAGACCGCCUCACGAGUCUUUCCUAACAUCAGGAAAAACCUAAUUUGUUCCCAAAAUUAACUUUUCCUGCAGAGAAAUCACAAAAUUCUCAAGAUUUUUAUUUUUACUCUCUGUCAUGAGCUACUAUGCCAGCAGCUCAGGAGGCUGGAAGCUGACCUGGCUGCACAACAGCCGGGCAGGGGCCUUCAGGGCGGGUUUGGAUGGGGCCCCACCUGACCAGUACCCCUGAGCCUGGUACCAGUGGGGACACGGGCCCCCCAACUCAGGGUCCCCAGCCAUUGUGCCGGUUUAGCCCCUUCCUUGGGGACCCCUCGUCUGGCCAAGGCUUUAGGCUCUUCUGUCCCCAAACCACACAGUUGAGAACCACUCUAAGAAACAGGCUGGACCAGCUAUUCACUCAUGUGGAGAAAAGGCAAGGACGUCGGGCGUAUGAGAGGCCACGGGAGGGGUAGGCGGGGAAGGUGGGGGUCUGCGUGGCAGUGUGUCCACCUACCCACCCCAAUGGCCUGCGAUCCUCGUCCUCGUGGCCAGAUCCAGGGUGCGGAGUGGCGCGGGCACCUCCAUUCCCGGGAGCAGACAGAAGCCAAGGAGCCGUAUCUCCACUGAAAACACCUGGCAGGUGCCCUCUAAUGUCAUCAAGUCUGUCGCCGUUUUAUGAAAUGGAAGUCUGCGUGUUGGCCUUAUCCAAACUCCCAAGGGUUUCUUCCUGCUCAGAGUGCCUGGUGGGACAGGGCUGGCAGACUGAGAGGUGGUUUUCCUAACGCCCAGCCUGCAGACACUGCCAGACCCCGCUCCCAGUGGCUGGGGCACGUCAGUUGCUCACCCAUCACCACUGCAUCUAACCUGCUCCUGUGCCUUUUUGCUGUCAGGUGUUUAAGCCGUAUUUAACUUGUGCCAGAGACAGGAAUUUGGCACAAGUGUCCUUAGGGAACAAACUGCACAGAAGUAUUGUCAGUUAGGAACCCUGGGAAGAGCAAAAUAUCCGGCUUCGUAGAGGACAGUGAACAUGCCGUGGCCAGGGCCACCGGUCAGGCGGUGACAUCCCUGCUGAGGCCUGCACAGAACACUGCCAGAGCUGACUCAGUUCUGUGUGGGAACGGAUGGUUCCAAACUGCCCUCAACCGAGUCACAUGCCGGAGACAGCCACCGUGGCCUUGGGGAGCAAGCCUCCUGACGGGGAGCCCCAAGGGCCUGCAUGGUUCCUAGCAUCCUUCACUCAUGCCCGCUCUGACCAAGCCCAGCUUCCCAUCACAUCUCACACCUGAGCAUUUACUAGCAAAACUGUGAAGAACGCGUCUAGAGCUGGAAUGUGCCGGGUGCUGCGUGGUGACAGGAGUACCGAGUCGGAGCACCCUUCCGCUUACGAAGCUUGAGCUACAGCACCCAGCAUCCAAGGCCCGAGAACAGCUCCGCUUCACAUCAGCAGGCAUUGGCAAAAGAAGAAAAGCCAUUUGCUGUCAAAAACCCUAAGAUGGAUGGGAAGUGGCUUAGAGCUAUGAGUCUGAACCACACGAGGACGCAGGAGAUCGGUGGACAGUAAGUCUGUGACCGGGUCCAGGGGCAGCUACGGGCAGACGUGCCCGCCCUGCUGCUGUGAGCGGCGCUUCCCCAUCGGGGGCUGGCGCUGCUCGCUGCCGGGCUCUGCGCUUUAGGUAAAGACUACGCAAAGGGGACACUGUUUUUAAUGAAGUUGGAAUUAAAAAGUCGUCACUUACUAAAA